AUGACGGGGGAAUCCGGAAACGAGCUCAGGCUGUUGCAGGAGGAGCUUCGAGAGGUGAGCGAUCGGCUCAAAACGCUCGAGACCUUGGACAUCUCUCAGGAGCUCCGCGUGCUCAGUGAGCGUCUCGCACGGCUUGAGACUGGAGGGAUCCAGGAAGAGCAGAUCGCGUUUACCACUGAGCAAGAUCAGGUCGUACCAGAUAACCGCGACAUCAACGAUGUGCAGCGACUGGAGGCUGGAAUGCUUCCUGGUGCCAGUGAGACCGAGACGGCCGAGACGGAGCAGUUUCAAACACGGCAGCCACGAAAGCUCACACACAAGUCGGUCGUGGUAACAGAAUCGGACCACCCGCUUCAAGAGUCCUUUUGGGAUGCUUUGCUGCUGGCAGGCUUGGACGAGAUCGGCCCGGCUGGCAGUGCUGUCAUCAGCUUCGGCGUGCUGGCGAGUUUCGGGCUCCAGCUGCUCUUCGUAUGGAUUGUUUUAACAUCCUUCCUUGGCGAUGAUCCCAAGUAUGACAUUCAGCAUUUGAAGAACUGGCGUGUCCUCUACGGGCACAACUAUGAGAACAUCGAUUCCUCCGGCGCAUCACUGGUCUCAAAGAUUUGCGGUGGGGCCCUCUUCGAGCGCGAAUGGUGGCACAGCUCGCUGCUGGAUGAGGUGGAUGCUUACCUGGAUCCUGUGUUCCCAGGCAUGUUUCCUGACUUGAGCGUCGGGGUGGUCCUGUCCAGCGUCGCACUUGCAAUCUGGGCCUUCUACAUUGCUGCCGAGCUCCAGGAUGCUGUAAGGUUUGCCUGGUCCAUAUACCGGCUGCCCCGCGGCAACACUGUCAUUAGCAUGGUGAGCGAAGACGAGCGAGUCUUUGAAAGCGUCAGUCGUCUGCGGCGCACGGCGGUGUCUUUCACGGUCUUCGCACGCUUUGGGAUCGCAGUGACACUGGGAAUGUCUGGCGGCCUGUGGCUUGCUCACACCCGAGAUGUCACCAACAUUAUGCUCAACGCCGUCGCCCUGCUGUUCAUUCUGGAGAUCGAUGAGCUCUUGUGGAAAGUCAUGGCAUCCAGGCACACUAGCAAGUACCUUUCCUCUGUUCGAACGCUCCAGCUGGGUCCCCGCAAGACAUGGGCCGGAGUGGACAUCGCCUGCAUUUUGCGGCUCAUCUUCAUCAUUGUGGCUCUUGUUAUCUUCAUCCAGAAAACCGUCUGCAGAAAUGCAACGCAAGCCCAGGUAGCACGCGACAUCCUCUGCGGAGGGAACAGAGACUUCGUGUACUACUCCAACCCACAACUUGGGCCCAUCAUGGUCAUGGACACGACGCCCUUCGAUGUCCAAGGUGGGCUCUGGGAACCCGGCAUUCGUUCGAUGCUUGAAGUGGUGGUGUCGAAUUACGACCGCAAAGAUGUGGACUUUGCAAAUUGGAGGCUCAACCUGGGGGAUUUCAAAGUGGUCGCGCAGGUUGCGCCCACAGGCCUCACACAGAUCUUUACAGCAUAUACCCAGCUCACGACUGUGACUGCUGCAGACAACCCCAUUAUCUUUGGCAGCUCUUGUGAAGACCAGACCCCUUCCGAGUUGGAGUGGGAGUGGUCGGCGCUCACGGCCAUGACCGGUGCCAGAAACUGCUCUGAAGUGCGGCACUUGUGUGACAACCGCCACUUUCCACUCGUGCGCAUGAUUUGCCCAGAAGCCUGCGGCUGCGACGUGCUAAACAGUGGAAUGUUCAUGGACACCGGAUGCCGGCAUCAGUGUCAAGCUGGACCAGCCUUCAUUGCAAGUCAGCACAAUACUUCGUGCCAGGACUACUCGGUGUCGAACCUCAAUGACACUCGCUCAGGGGCUUGGGCACGCUACUUUCACGACUGGGGCCGCUUUCUGUGGUCCAUGUCGCCAAACCGGACUGCGAUGAAGGACUUCUCGGAGAUGCUCAUGGUUGUGACAUUCGCAGACUGCGCCUUUGUAAACGAGAUAGAUAUGAUGGACUUCCUGCUCUGCAAGCCGGACCCAGUUGCAAUGUUUGGUGGUGAGGGUUUCCCUAUGAGCCUCCGAACGGGCGCUUGGCUUUGUCCCGAAUCCUGCGGCUGCAGCCAGAAAGAUACGGCUUGGCUGCUGGACAACGAGGCCUGCUGCAAAAAGGGCGAUGGCUUUGAGAUGCAGAGCGACGAGGUUCCAGGUGGCUCUAGCAGCAUCUGCUCUCUGCUGACUCUGUGGCCCAAGACGGGCAGGAAGCACCAGAUCCGGGCCCACCUGGCACAUGCAGGCCGACCCAUCGUCGGGGACUGGACCUAUGGCCGUCGAGAGGAGUCCCUUGUGCCGCGCUGUCCUCGCCUUUUCCUCCACUGCCGGCGACUUGAGCUGCGUACCGUCGAAGGCAACGACUUGGCCGUGGAGGCACCUUUGCCCCGAGAUUUGGAGGAGGUCUUGGAGGCAAUCCGCCAAGUGGAAGUCAAUGCUUUCCACAGCAGUGCCGCCUUGGGUGGCUUAGCUUGCCAAGAGAGCAUGGCCCGCCGCCAGGAGAUGCUGCAGAACCAGCUGGAGCCGGAUGUGUUUUGCUACGUGCCUGUCAUCAGCGCGUGUCAAAAGGGCAGCGCAUGGCUGCAGGCACUUGACAUCUUCGACUCCAUGUCGGGGCAUCGGGUGCUCCCAGACAUGAUCUGCCACAGCGCUGCUGUGGGGGCGGCGAGGAUGGGAGGGAACUGGGAGUUGGCUGUCCGCCUUGUUGGGGAGGCCUGCCAGGCUGGGCUGGUGCCCAACAGGAUCAUGGCCGGGGCAGCGAUGCGAGCAUGUCAGGAGAACGGCCAGUGGAGCAGCGCGUUGGAUCUGCUCUUCCGGCUAUGCCAGCUUGACUUUUUGCCCGACUUGAUCUGCUUCAACAUCGCCAUCAGUGCUUGUGAGCCUGAGGGCCACUGGAGGCUCUCCCUAGUCUUGCUGGAGGAGCUGAAGGACUACGCGUUGCAGGCUAGUACCGUCAGUUGCAAUGCGGCCAUCAGCUCCUGCGAGAAGAGCUGUCAGUGGAGCAUCGCAGUACAGCUUUUGGAAGAGAUGUCAUCGAAGUCCCUGUCCGACAGAAUUAGCUACAAUGCCGCAAUCAGCAGCUGCAAGUUGCAGUGGAAGCAUGCCUUGGCUCUUCUGAGCUCAAUCUCUGAGCAGCAUAUGGAUCCCGACGAGAUCAGCUUCAAUGCCGCCAUCAGCGCCUGCGAGAAAUGCGGGGCUUGGGAGGCGGCGCUCGCGAUUCUCGCUCUGAUCGCAGCCGGUGGUCGCGCCGGACCCGGUAUCAUCACUCUGAAUGCUGCCAUGAGCGCAUGUGAGAAGAGCCAUCGUUGGACUGAAGUGUUGGAUCUUUUCAGCCGAAUACAACUCUGGCAUCUCAGCCCUACAGAAAUAAGUUGGCAAGUGGUUCUGAGUGCUUGCGAGAGGGCGACCCAGUGGCAAGCCGCCCUGCAAGUGUUGGACCGCAUGCUCUCGGACCAGGUCGUCCCGUCAGGAACGGCUGCAGGAUCCAUCCUUCACUCGCUUCCCCAGAAGUUGGAUGUCCACGGCAGCUUUGGAGACAGUACUGUCGAGGCUCAAAAGUCGCUCCAGGGGGAGUUCUCUGUGGUAGCCUCGGCCGCGGGGGUUUUCGCCGUGGCGAAACCCGAAGGUGUCAGCACCGAGCAGUUGGUGGAGAAGCUGGCAGUGCCACUCAAAGAACAUGGCCUCUGCCUUUCUGUGGUGUCGCGGCUUGAUCAACCGACCUCCGGAGUGUUGCCGCUUGUUUUGGGAGCAGAGACGUCCCCCUCCGGGCGAUGGUGUAAAGCACAGUUUGCGGGGCGGCUCGUCAGCAAGCACUACAUCUGCCUGUGCGAGGGCAGAUCGUUGGGUGAUGUUGGCAGCAAGGGGAACAUCUCGGUGCCUUUACGAUCCGUUCAGGUGGACGAGGAAACUUGGAUUAGCGAGGUCUGUGGGCAGGAGGUCUCGGGCCGAGAUUCCUUCACCGCCUAUGAAGUCAAGGGUCGAUAUUCCUCGCCGAGUAUGGGAAGGGACGAGUUGAUACUCCUCAGUGUGCAGCCCAAGACUGGGAGGAGACACCAAAUUCGAGUGCAUUUUGCCAGCAUCGGGCGGCCGUUGGUUGGGGAUUUGACCUAUGGUCGUCAGUCUGAGACCUUGGUGCCACAGUGCCCUCGCCUCUUUUUGCACUGUGCCGAGGUCCGUUUUUCGGCACUGUUCGGUGCUUUUCAUGCUAGGGUCGAACUGCCGCUGGAGUUGAAGCAGUUGCUGGAGCCGCUGCGACAGGGAGAAAACUCAACAGCAUGCUCAGCACACCAGAAAAGCCCUUGUGCUACUGGAGGAGGGAUUUGGUCAAUGACCUCUUGCUCGCUGGAAGAAUCCCUUACCGGUCUUAGCAGUCAAUACCCUGAACAUUGCACAUUCUUCCUGCAACACCUGUCGGCCUCUUCUAGAGCUAUGCUCCUCGCCGCAGGCCCGAGAAUUUGCGAAGAACAUUCCCAAGCCGAAGUUGGCGCCGAAGCAGGUCCUCUGUGA